GCAAUUUGAAGACGAGAGAAGUGAAAAGACACAGCCGACCACUUUAUCGUAGAGACUUUUUGUUGACAUCCUGUACUGUACAUGUACACAAUGAAAACCUGCAGCAGAUCACCCCUUGCACUUCUGUUCAUUUACAUCACAAUCCAAGUUGUUGAGGCACAAGAAGUCAAAGUCUGGCCUGAAAUGACUGCAUACAUCAGGUAUGAUGUCACCCUGCCAUGCCAAUUCAUCCCAGGAGCAAAAGGCGCCAAUAUCACUCAGGUUCAGUGGGAUCUAAAGCCACCAGAAGGAGAGAGAAUCCUCAUUAUUGCUUUUAGUGUUACACAUGGAAGUAUCGCUCAUGAUACAUUUCUGAAGGAGAGAGUUGAGAUGGCAGAACAAUCUUUGACCAUUAGAGAUGUGAAUAUGAAAGAUGCAGGGUUGUACACCUGCAGCAUUGCAACCUUUCCUAGUGGUUCAUUUGAAGGAACCACCAACCUUGUUGUUGUUGUUCAAGAACAGCUGCUGAUGUUAUCAAGGAUGAUUGCUGCUGGAGUGUUCGUACUGAUAGUUCUGACCAUGGGCGCCGCGACUUACUUCAUCAUCAGAAGAAUAAGAUACAGCUGGUCUAGUGAUAUGUGACUGAAAGAGACGAAGUGUGAUCAGAGUUGCUUUUGAGGCUACAUACUUCAUUAUAAUGAAGGAACAGGUCACUCUACAAUUUCUUCAAAACAGAACUAAUAUUUUGUUCAUUGCU